AUGAUUUUAUGAGCGUGAUCAUUAUAAAUACAGAACAAUCUCUCAGCAACUCACACAAAGCUCAAAUCAGCAUUGCUAGAAGGAACAUCUCGAACCAGACCACCACUAACCAUUAUUAUGGACAACUCUAGUCUAAAACAACGCCUUGAGAGGCUGGAGUGCCACUUCACCUGGGAUCUGGAGUGCAGUAAAAAUGAACUCCAAGAGUUUCUGAGCAAGCUGAAAUAUUUGGACCAGGAAACAUGCACUUGGCUGGUUCACGGCUACAACCUGCUGGGCUACAUCCAUCAGACUCUUGGCUCCAACACAGAGGCAGUGAAGCACCUCCACAAAGCAGAAAGUGUGAUCCAGGAGCAGGGAACAGAAGAGGCAGGAGUCCAGCUUCAGGUCAACAAAGCAAACCUGGCUUGGGUCUACUUCCAUUUGGGAGAGAUGGAUAAAAGCAAAGGAUAUCUAGAAGAGGUGGAGAGGCUUCAGCGAAUGCAUCCUGCUCCACCUGGAUGCACUUUACACCCUGAAGUCAGUGGAGAGAAGGGCUGGACGCUGGUGAAGUUUAACAAGUCCAAGAAGCGCCAGGCGAUUGAUUGCUUUAAGAUGGCUCUAAAUGCAGAACCAGAUAGGAAGGAAUGGCACAAAGGACUUGCCAUAGCCAUGAACAUGGAAUUUGCAUCAUCUGAAUUCACUCUAGAUGAGAUUGUAGAGCAACUGAAAAUUGCACAUGAAAAAGAACCAAAUAGUUUGUUCAUUCAUUCUCAUUAUUUACUAAAACUGUGCAAACAGAAAAAGGUGGACAUUGAAAAGGAGAUGCAAGGUUUACUAGAAAGAACUCUUGAAACUGGAAACCUGGAGUGUUUGCAUGUUAUUCUCAGGUAUUAUAGUGAACAGGAUUCUUUAGAUAAAGCUAUUCGAAUAGCAGAGACAGCUCAUGAAAAGUUCCCCUCUUCAGUUAAAGCGUUGAAACAAUUGGCAGACUGCUACAAAUGGAAGGUUUACAACAUGAAAGACAGCGAGGAAAGGGAGACUUUGGCUAGGGAAUCCAUUAAGCUCUUUGAGACGGAUCUUACAUAUUACCCUCACUCAUACAAAGUAAAGAUAGACCUUGCAUCACUGCAUUGUUACACACACGAAAUUGAGAAGGCAGAUGAGAUUUACAAGAACCUCCUGUCAGAGGAAAAUGAUAUUUCUCCUCAUAGACAACAGCACUUAUUUUAUAGUUAUGCCCAACAUCUAAAUCAUAAUAAAUCACAAUCCAGAGAUUCAGUCUCAUUUUACAUGAAAGCAGCAGAAAUCCCAGUAAUGACAGAAUGCAAACAAAAGAGUAUAAGAGUCCUUAAAAGCAUUAUGAGGAGGGGCAGAGACCCUCGCUGUAUGGAAAUUCAGCAUUUUCUGGAGGGAAUUAAUUCUGAUUAAAAUGUGCUCGAAUGCAUCAGACAAGUUAUGAACAAUGUCCCAACGUCAUACAUCAAUCCUCAAAAAUCAUUAUGGAGGAUCUUUAAAUUUCACUCAAUGCAGAAACCGUAAUGAAGAAAUGGAGGGGAAGAAAAUUAAGAAAAACAUGAAAAUGGGACAACUAUCUUAAUUCCCAAUCUUUAGUCAUUAUACUGUAUUCAGUACUUUGUUGUGUUAAUGGACUGUAGAUUCCAAUACCUGUUCAUUGUUUCCACUGAAGUGAAAAAAACUUCUUGGAGCUGGAUCAUAUGCUUAUUGCAUCUAGUUAUAACUAUUGUUCACAUAUGAGACGGAAAACACUUUCGCAAAUGCGUUCCUUUGAGACUUUCAUUUCUGAAAUGUGGAUAUACAGAUGUGUUGCUUACAGUAGCUACUGUUUCAAAUACAAGAAUAAACAUGUCUCUCUUUUA